GUGUAGCAGCUGUGUCGGCAAACAUGGCGGAGGAUGCUGCUGAACAGCUGUUCAUCCUCGUGAGCUGACAGUGCUGCCGCUCUCGUCAGCAGCAGUAGAUUGACGUCUCCCUCCUCGCUCACCCACAUCUCUGCUCUCCUUCCAUCCUUCCUUCCUCCCACCCACUCGCUCUCCUCAGAGCAGAGCCCGCGUGACCGCCUGCGUCAGCGUGUCAUCCUGCUGCCAGCUGGUGAAUCCUGCCAUCGGAGCUGCUGUGCCCUGCAGAGCGCCUUGUGUCUGCCUCAAUGCAUGUGUGAGUGAGCACAGAUGGGAGUCAGGAAGGGCUGUUCCCCAUCCCUCUGCUGCUUCCACCGUCCCUCCUCUGCGGCCAUGGAGGCUGACUCACAGCACAGUCCGCUCAAAGUGCUCAGGUAGACUGUGUGUAACUGCUCUGCUGGGCAACUAUGAAGAGUGCAGCCGUGUCAAGAUGGACUCCCGGAUCUGUUGUCGUGUUCCUGCACAUGCUCGCUGUGUCCUGGACAGGUGCAAUAGAGCCCGCCCCCACUAUUGAUGGACAGCAGCGGGCGGCGCUGACCAUGCAGGAGAACAGGACGCACACCUUCAACUGCCAAUCAGAGGGCUGGGACCCCCAAGCCCCGCCUUUGUUGAGCUGGUACUUGAACGGGGAGCAGCAGAAGGAUCCGUCUCCGAACAGCGGGCGCCUGGUGAUGACCUCACAAGAGGAUUCAGCCAUCAUGAAGCCAGGCUCUCAUCACAACAGCACCUUCUCCCUGCGGGCCAGGAAGUGGGACAGGGAGCUGGUGUGUGUGGCGUCCAACCCGAGGUCAGGAGAGAGCUACAACGCCACGGUCACACUCAACGUCCAGUUCCAGCCGGAGAUCCUCAGGGUCAACGCCCUCUAUGGGGAAACCUCCGACCCUGGUCUCUCCUUGGUCCUCUUCGCCUUGGUGCGCUCCAACCCGCCUGCCACGAUAACCUUUGUGGACCAGUCGGGUCAGCUGGUGGCCAACACCUCCGACUUCCUCAUCUUGGACUCGCGGAGCUAUCCCUGGAUGACCAAUCAUACGCUGAGGGUCACGCUCAGCAGCCUCUCAGGGAACAUCUCGCUGAACGCACGCAACAGUGUGGGAGCCGCGCAGAGCAACCUGACCCUCGCAGAGUUCCUGCAGUCUCGUGUGGAGGUGCCCAUGCUGGGGAUCGUGACAGGAGGGGCCAUGGCCUUCAUCGUCCUCCUCAUCCUCAGUCUCAUUGUGCUCUGUCUCAUGCAAAAAAACAAAGCAAAAUCGUUCGAUGAACCUGUUGAGAUUCUGAUGACAAAGAAAAGUGACUCCGCCAAUCUGAAGAGUGGGAAGGCUGAUAAGACUCACAUCCCCAGAGAGAACAUGUCUCUGCCUGCUAACAUGCAGCUCCAUGACCUCAGCACCCUCAGACGCGCACGGGAGGCCGCUCUGCACAACACUGUAGGAGAGAAGAAGGAGGAGGAAGAUGAAGAUCUGUCUUUAGCCUACGCUGCCAGAGGUUUCGCCAGAUAUCCCAUGGUCGGCUACAUCUACAAGGUGAACAGCACGAGCAGCGAGGAGAUCUGGCUCUGAAUGUGAUCCCAAAUAUAUGCAUGCGCCAUGUCUUUUUACGUGGAUCAUUUAUGACCAAACCUGAGUUACCUUUGGGGCAGACCACAAAUUCUCAAAUAACGUUAAUUUUGCACAACUUAUGGCAAAUGUAUAUUUUUGCAUCCAGUCCUUUGAUGUAUUCAGUAUGCGUUAAAUUCUCAGAACGUGACCUCAUCUUUGGUUUUAACACUUGAAUGUACGUGAGACUUUCAAUGAAAAGUGAAACUAUGAUGAACUACUCUCGCACAAAGUACUGUUUAUGCAUCAUAUUAUCGAUGUCUUACGACGGAUGUACACUUGAAGCGUAUGU